AUGAGUGAUAUCGUGGGCCUGACGGCCAAAGACAUCAUCAUGCAACCGAUAUCUACUUAUUGGGGCAGUGCUUUCUCUGCUGACGAGAAAGAUGAGCAGACUGUUCCUGGAUUUCCGGGAAUAAUCCUCAAAUGGAUUAAUUUUGAGAACGAGGUGAAGGAGAAUUUCAGGAAUAUCAGUUGGGAAAACUAUCCCACUGUACUUGCCUAUCGGCCCAGCGGCAAUGCAACCAAUCUGAAAAUACCAGACCACUUCAUAUGUGGCAGUCGUGUGUCUAUUCUAAAUAGGUGGGUUGAACAUGCGCUCCGUCCAGUCUCAGCAGUGGGCAGGGUUAUGGGCUUUGGAACUGUUUUUGGGGACUGGAAAGCGACAAACAAGUCUUUUUUCCGUUUUUCUGGGAAUUACCAAGGAAAUUCAACCAUCCAGAGUCCCUACCCCGACCUUGCUCUCAUCGUGGAGAGUAACCGAGAGCCGCGUAUGAUCGGCAUGGUUGAAGCGCCGUGGGAUUAUAACUUCCAAGAGAUAUGGGGAUCGUUUGCACAUGCUCAUAGUGCAGCUCCUAUUGAGCAGGUGCUUGGUAUGUACUACUUCUGUGAUAGUGUGUUGCUAUUUAACUUACCAAAGAACCAACAUCUAGCCCGAAUCAGCACGUAUAUGAUUGAGCUCGGUUUGAUCUACGGAUUUCUAACCAAUUACGACUACACUUUCUUCCUGAAGAGGAGCCCCAUCGGUAGCGAAGAAGUCAUUUAUUGCUCGAAGCCGAUAUCUCACACUGCGUCUCAACUUACUGGAGAUGCGAUAUCAGUUCGUCAAGCUUUAAUGUUUCUUCAGUGUUCCGUCCAAGGAGAAGAGUCUUCGUGGUACGCUAAGAGUGUGCCUCGAAACCUUGUUGCGGGCGGACAGGAAGUAGUUAUGCCUGAACAACUGAGUGAACUGCCGGAGGAAUUUCCUCCAGAUGAUCGUUGGAUAGAAGACUGGAUCAAUUUCGAGGCACAUAUCCAAGAAUAUGGCCUUUGUGAAUCUCCGUAG